AAUAUUUAUAGAGAGGGAGAGAGGGGGGAACUUAAGAAUUAGUUCAGAAAGAGUGAUGGAGGAAGAGGAGUGCCAUGGAUGGGCAGCAAGAGAUGCAUCUGGAUAUCUCUCUCCUUAUAACUUUGCCCGUAGGGCUGUUGAAAGUAAUGACGUUUCAUUGAAAAUUACCCACUGUGGAGUGUGUUAUGCUGAUGUUGUAUGGACCAGGAACAAACUUGGAGACUCAGAGUACCCCCUAGUGCCUGGGUACUGCUUUAGGAUACCUAAUGACUACCCAUUGGCCGCAGCAGCACCACUGCUAUGUGCAGGAAUCACCGUUUAUAGUCCAAUGAUGCGGCAUAAAAUGAACCAACCAGGUAAAUCUCUUGGGGUGAUUGGGCUAGGUGGCCUCGGUCACUUGGCAGUGAAAUUUGGGAAAGCUUUUGGAUUGAGUGUUACAGUUUUUAGCACUAGUAUAACUAAGAAGGACGAAGCCCUAAACAAGCUCGGAGCAGAUAAAUUUGUGAUCUCGUCUGAUGAAGAACAGAUGAAGGCCAUGGUUAAUUCACUCAACUUUGUCAUUGACACAGCAUCAGGGGAUCACCCGUUUGAUCCGUACAUGAAGUUGUUGAAGACCGGUGGCACCCUUGUCCUAGUUGGUGUCCCAAGUGAAGUCAAGCUCAAUCCUAUAAGUCUCAUAAUGGGUAUGAAAUCCAUUUCCGGGAGUGCGACGGGAGGCACGAAGGAGAGGCAAGAAAUGUUGGAUUUCUGUGCAGCUCAGAAGAUAUACCCAGAAAUUGAAAUUAUUCCUAUCGAGUAUAUAAAUGAAGCUUUAGAGCGUCUGAUAAAAGGGGACGUGAAGUACCGAUUUGUUAUUAAUAUUGAGAACUCCUUGAAGUGAAACAAUGGUGGGAAAAUAAAAAAAAAUAUAUAUAUAAUAAAUAAAAAACAAUCAAUGACUAUGAUGUUAAUGAAGAUAGAAGUGACAAGAGGAUGUAUGUAAAUUAAAUCCAUACCAAUGAGCAAAAGGGUGAGGCGAGCAGUGAUAUUCUUGAUAGGUUGUGCCUACUUGCUAUAUGAGGCAAUACUAUUGGGGCGUUUGUUUUUAGAGUUGGAUUGUAUGAUAUUGUUAGUGUUUGUCAGUGAGCAGACUAUUUUGUGUGAUAUGAUUGAGUGAGGAGAUUAAGAAAAAUUAUAUUUAUUUGAUGAUCAUGGACUAAUAAGUAAUCUUAUUUAUUUUGUCA